AUGGCAGCAUCGCGCUCUGCUCUCUGCUUGCUCAGCACACGCUUACUUCAUCCAGCUCGCCCUCUAGCCCGCCCUGCCCUCCUCAGCGCUUGCCCACUUCUCCCAACCGACCCUCCUCUCGCUCAUUCAACCAUGCUCGUCUUUGUCACCGGCGCAUCUGGCUUCGUGGGCACCGCCGUCACCGAAGAGCUUCUCGCAAACGGCCACCAAGUCUUGGGACUCGCGCGAUCUCCUCAGUCGGCGCAGAAGUUGCGCGAUUUGGGCGCACAAGUCGUCGAGGGCUCGAUGACUGAUCACGAGCUGGUCAAGGAGACUGUCAAGAAGGUCGACGGCGUCAUCCACCUCGCCUUCAACCACGACUUCUCUCGCUACGUCGACUCCUGCGUCGAGGACGGCGAGCUCAUCCGCGCCAUUGGAUCUGCCAUGAUCGGCACGGACAAGCCGUUGGUCGUCGCAUCAAGCACGACCGCCCCUUCCGCGAUUCGCAAGCCUGGCGACGCGCCGUUCAAGGAGAACGACCCUUACCCUCUCAGCGCCGAUUCGCGGCCACGCAUGCACUCCGAGCUCUCCACCUUCCAGCUCGCCAAACAGGGCGUGCAAGCAAUGGUCGUGCGGCUCGCCCCGACUGUUCACGGCGAAGGCGACCAUGCCUUUGUCCCGAUGUUCAUCUCCAAGGCUCGCGAGGCCAGCUUCUCUGCCUUUGUCGCCGACGGCACAAACGUCUGGUCGGCUGUGCACCGCGACGACGCGGCCGCCGUCUUCCGUCUCGCGUUGGAGAAGGGAACGGCCGGGUCCGCCUACCACGCCGUCGGCGAGCAGGGCGUCCCGUUCAAGGACAUCGCUGGUGCCAUCGGCAAGAAGCUCAACGUGCCCGUCAAGAGCAUCCCCGUUGAAGAAGCAGGCCGGCACUUUGGCUUCCUCGGUCACUUUGCCUCGCUCGACAACCCAACAAGCUGCGAGAAGACGAAGGCGGAGCUUGGAUGGGUGCCUCGGCAGGUGAAGCUCUUGGAGGACCUCGAGAGCGGGUCGUACUUCUGA